AUGGCGUCCAGGUCCUCGCGCUACGAUCCCAAGUACGACGACCCGUACGUGUCCCACAGGGCAUACCCGGACUCUCACGCUGGGGUGGGCGACGAUGCCUUCGAGUACGUCGGGUCCGAUGCCUUUCCCGAGCCGCCGCCUCACACAUUUGAAGGUGAAGAGCCGAGGUCGUCACGGCGUCACAGGUCGAGCAGAGCGUCGACCCUGCCGCCAAACUCCAGCGGUGCCUCCCCUCCACCCAGGUCGAGGCGCGGAGGCUCUCCACCCCACCGUUCCUCGAGGCACCAUUCCAGCUCGCCCCCACGGCACCGGCGCUCCAGACGCGACGAUUCACCACCGAGAAAGUCAUCCAAGACUGCCGCAGAUGCCGCUGCUGCGGGGGCCGUGGUCGGGGCCGCAGCAGCAGCGACGGCGGCGGCAGCUGGUAGUCCGAGUAGUCCAAAGCAGGACAGGUUUGGACGCUGGGUCAACCGCCCUGCCCUCAAAAAGAACAUGAAAACCUACAGUCGCAAAGGCUUAAACACUCUAGGCGAUGUGGUGCAGGCGUACGCCGCAGCCCAGAACCCACAGUUGGCACGAGGUCGUUCAGCGGGGCCGGGCUACGGUGGUCGCUACGACGAUUACCACGACGACCCGUACGACCGGCCACGCCGUCGCAGACACUAUUCUAUAAGCCCCUCGCCUUCACCACCACCACCGCGGCGAAGGGCAUCGGCAAAGGACAGUGACCGUCGUCGGCCGCCGCUGCACGGGCGACAGAAGUCAUACAGCGUGUCCCCCGCCCGGACCAGGGGCUACGAUUCAGACGAGGAUCGCCGGCAUAGGCGUCGCAGCCGCCGAUAUUCUGUCAGUCCCUCGCCGUCACCCCAAAGGCGGCGCCAUCGGUCACAUUCCCAUCGCCGAGGCUCAGAAACCCCAACGAGAGGUUCGCAGUCCAGACGGGAGUUCUACAAGAACGAGAUGAAGUCACCGAACCCCGACGUUGCCCACAGAUGGCAGCUGGCAGCCCGUGCGGCUCUGGAGGCGGGCGGCGUCACUGCCUUCCGCCUUCGUAAGGAGCCUGGCUCUUGGACCGGCCAGAAGGGCGCCAAGGUUGCUACUGCUGCCUUGGGUGCCGCUGCCAUCGAUGCUUUCAUCGACAAAGAUCCGCGGCGUACGAAAGCUGGUGGUGUGAAGGGCAUGGCAGAGAGUGUGGUUGGCGGCUUGGUGGCGAGUAAGCUCAUGGGCUUUCAGUCCGCGACAACACGCAAGGGCAAGCCACGAGUUUUCUAG